UAUGAUAUUUCUUUGAAAGUUUGUUUUUUAGGAGAUGUGAGCGUUGGUAAAACAUGUAUUAUUAAAAGAUAUAUUGAUGAUACAUUUUCUUCAGUAGCUUCGACAGUUGCUGUAGAUUUUGUCAGUAAAAUAGUAAAGCUUGAUGAAAAGAAUGUAAAAUUAACGAUAUAUGAUACAGCUGGACAGGAACGCUUUAGAACAAUACACAAAUCAUAUUAUAGACAAUCAGAUUUAAUUAUAUUUGUGUAUGAUUGUACAGAGGUGGAAUCAUUGCUGCAUAUCGAGUCUUGGAUAAAGGAAGUUGAGAAAGUUGUGGAUCUUUCAUCAAUUAAUUGUGUAUUAUUAGGAAAUAAGAUUGAUCUUCCAUCAACAGUUGUUGAUGAAAAACAAUUGAACGAGAUAUUCAAAAACCUUUCCUCAAAAACUAAUUGUUUUAAGGCAACUUGUUCAGCUAGAACAGGAGCCUCUAUU